AUGUCCAGCCCUUCACCCUCCGCCGGUGGCGACACGAAGCAAGCCGACCAGAUUCAUUUCAAGUUCUGUCGCGAAUGCUCCAACUUACUGUACCCCAAGGAAGACCGCGUGACCAACCAGCUGAUGUUCACCUGCCGAACCUGCCAUGUCGGCGAGCCCGCUUCCUCAUACUGUGUCUAUCAAAACAAGCUCCACAGCCAAGUCGGUGAUACUGCCGGUGUCACCCAGGAUGUUGGCUCCGAUCCCACGCUUCCCCGUGCCAACAAGCUUUGCCCAAGCUGCGGUGAAACGGAAGCCGUUUUCUUCCAGUCCCAACAACGUUCUGCUGAAACUGGAAUGAAACUCUACUACGUCUGUUGUGCAUGCGGUAACGUCUACAUGUGA